UUAAUAAGAUAUUAAGUCUUGGCUGAACUUUGGAUAUUCCAUUUUUCAUAGUUGAUUUCACAGUUUAGAUAUUAUGAUCAAUGCUAAGAAUGUUGCUAUAGCACAAAAUGGCAGAAGUAUGUUUGUCCUAAUCCCAAGCCAAAAUUUAGUCUUUUUUUUUUUUAAUGAAACUCAAGUCAACCCAAAACCUCCCUCCUCUCACCACAUGCACCAACCCAGGAUCAUGUCCACUCCUACCUCUAGCUAUGCUCUCCCUUUUAUCAACAAUAAACUUUCCCCACCAUACUUAGGAGCAGUCAUCUCCUUCCUUUUUAUUUCUUUCUUUCAUUCAAUUGCACGUUCAGAGACUUUAUACAGUUACCAAAUUUUUCCCCACAACCCACACAUUCAUAUGACCGCAUAAAUAGAAUACAGUGACAGACCACAGAUGAUGAAAGUCGAGAAACUUGCUUAGAUGUAUCCUAUCAAGGGUAUCACAACCUGUAGCAACCUGUUGCUGGUCAGAUGCCUCUCUAACCUGCGGUUCCCACUCCCAACCCUGGCCAGUCGUCCAGUGCACCCACUCUGUGGUGCUCCGGGCCAGUGGACCAGAUGUGCAUGCAUCCUUGGAAGGCGCCAGGCAGCCAGGCACUGCGCUAGCCAGCCCGCGCCCCAAUGGGGUCCUUCGGGCCAUUGCCGGACAGCCCAGCUCGGGGUCCUGGUGCGGUCGCGUAGCAGCGGCAGAGACGCGGCCAAGCCGCUACCGGAGUGCGGUCGCCUGUUAGCGGACAGUGACAAGACUCCAAGGCUGGCUCUUGUCUACGGCCAGGAGCUAAUGGCAGGGGACAGAAGCAAGCAUUGUGAGCUGGACCAAGAAAAAUAUGAUGCUCAUGACAACGUGAAGAUCAUCUGUCUGGGAGACAGCGCGGUGGGCAAGUCCAAACUCAUGGAGAGGUUUCUCAUGGAUGGAUUUCAGCCACAGCAACUGUCCACAUAUGCUCUGACUCUGUAUAAACACACGGCCACAGUAGACGGCAAGACCAUCCUUGUGGACUUCUGGGAUACGGCAGGCCAGGAGCGGUUCCAGAGCAUGCAUGCCUCCUACUACCACAAGGCUCACGCCUGCAUCAUGGUAUUUGAUGUCCAGAGGAAAAUCACCUAUAAGAACCUGGGUACCUGGUAUGCAGAACUUCGGGAAUUCAGGCCGGAGAUCCCAUGCAUCCUGGUGGCCAAUAAAAUUGAUGACAUACAGAUGACUCAAAAGAACUUCAGUUUCGCUAAGAAGUUUUCCCUGCCCCUGUAUUUCGUCUCAGCUGCCGAUGGUACCAAUGUUGUGAAGCUCUUCAAUGAUGCGAUUCGAUUAGCUGUGGCUUACAAGGAAAGUUCCCAGGACUUCAUGGAUGAGGUUUUACAGGAGCUUGAGAACUUCAAGUUGGAGCAGAAAGAGGAGGAUACACCAGACCGAGAGCACAGUGGCAUGGUCAAGAGCCCAUCUCCUUCUUAAUCAAGAGGACACCCACACGUGGCUGAGUAGGGGUAUCAGGGAGCCAUUUGGAAUGCCCAACAUCUCUGGAGAACCUCUCCAGGCUACCCCUGCUCAACUUCCUGCAAACCCACUGUUCUGUGGUCCAUGAUGAGGUCAACACAAACACACUAGAUAGGCAUGAUAUCCCACCAACUUCCUACAGCAGGAUGAGGGAUCCAUGUCUUUCGAAUCUCCCCACCCCACCAGCAGCCUGGCAGUGUAGAAUCAGUGAACAUGCUCAUGUUUUCUUCAUGUAAUGUUGUCUUUCAUCCCAAACUGACCUCAGGGAUUCUCCUUGCUGCUGACAGGACUGCUGACCCCUAACUACGCUGUGUCCUGCAGAAUCUGUGACCUCUGUCCCUUUGCCCUCUGAGUCUCCCAACCAACUUUUUCAACAAUAUUUGGACAGACGACUGUUGAUUCCAGAUUUUUUUAGUGCUGUUUCAGGAGCUGUUCUAGGUCAGGUUGAGAACACAGGAACAGGACUCUGUUGCAGUCACAUGAAAACACGCCAAGUCUAGCCAUAUCUGGUCAUAUCCGCACAUUACUAUUGCCCACCACGUGAACAACAGCUUCUUUUGAAGCCUCCAUCUCAGGGUAGAAAGUGUUCCUCCACUUGUCUAGCAUCUUCUGUGGGUGGCAGGAAAUGGCAUGGGAAGAGCUGCCCUGCUUCCUGCAGCUUGCUAGCCUGCACUUACGAUUGUCUUCAGCAUCAUUUCCAUUGUCUUUAUUAUUUUGUUUGUAUUGUUUCCUUUUGUACAAUAAAGAUUAAAUUUCAUAAACAUUAA